CACGUGUUUGUCUAUAUUGUUACUCUAGAAUAAUCUUGCGUGCUAUUAGGUUAUGAACAUGUCUGGUGAUCGUCAAGCAGCUGUUCACCUACCAGUACUCUGGGCCCAGAGGAAUGAUUGCCUCUACAUCACUGUCGUUGUUAGUGAUGUAGUAAAUAAGACUGUUAAUGUUAAAGAUAAUUCCCUAGAGUUUAGAGCGAAAGCAGGCAAAGAUAAACCUAUUGAGUAUGAAGUUAAACUUGACUUUUAUGGAAAUGUUUGUACAGAGGAACCAAAAAUUACUACUUCCGGUCGGGAAGUCUUUAUUUGCAUAAAAAAGAAAGAAAACGGUGCAUGGCCACGUCUACUUUCGCAGAAAACAAAGUGUCCAUGGUUGAAAACAGAUUUUAAUCGCUGGAAAGACGAUGAUGACUCAGAACCUGAUAUGGAUGGAAAUAACUUCUCAAAUAUGUUGUCUCAGAUGUCCAAUUUUGGUGACUAUGGAGGCGACGAUGGUAUAGACGGUGAUCUAGAUUCUGACGAUGAAGGUAGGUUAUUCACUAGUUAUAACGACUCCUAGUCUAAGCCAACAACAGUAGUUCGCCUGUCGACUACUGUCUGUCGCGCCCAAACUUCAUAUAACAGGUGUAUAAAGACGCCGUCUAGUCACUUACAUAUGUAAAGAUCCGCUUGUAAACUGGCUUUAUGAGGGGUUGUCUAUAAAGAAAACACGUGUGGUAUUUACAUAAUACCUAUAACAAAUCUCCCUGACUUAGAAAUGCCAAAUGCAGAUGCUAACAAAUCUGAAGAAAAUGGAACUGAAGAAGAAGCAGAGAAAAAGACACCUGAAGAGGAGGCUUUGCCAGUUAAUUGAGAAGUGAUACAUCAUUCACCCGGUGGUUGUUUGUCUAUGAGCCGCCUGUAUAUGCGCAUUUUACACUUUCACCAUUGACUAUGUUCUUAUUACAGCCUUUUACGAAGUAAUUUUGUUGUUUGUUAAAGCUUUAAUUUCAUCUUAAUUCAGCUAUGUUCAUUGUUUC